AUGGAUUUGAAGGGCGGAAUAUUGGAUCCGGUGUCUAACUUCGAUGAUGACGUGCCUGUGUCCUUGACAUUCAAAGUUCAAACUGCUCAGAGAUCGAAAUCUGAAAAAGAAGCGAAUUCUUUUAUUCAGACAACUAGACAAAAGGCCAGAGCAAGGCGAAGAGCUAGGCAGAUGGUGGAAUACCCAAGACGGUAUUCUACUUCUGUGUACUCCAUUGAAAAAGCGGUCGAAGGAACCGUCAAGUCCAACGUCGCAGCCAUUGAAACUUCCACUUUAUUACCUAAGCUGGAAUUGAGCAAAUCGAAGACCAAAAGGAAUUGCAUCGCUGAUAGCCGUGGCAAUGAAGAUGAAUUUGGGUUGAUGGACACGUUUGAUUUUCGGAAGUAUCUCCCUCAAAAUUUUCUAGGUGGAGGCGCUGAAGACAUGAACAGUUUCGAUGAAAAUGAUGCAUAUUUGGGCUUUGAAGAGAAGGAAUUAGGCAAUGCCAUUCUAAAAGGUGGAUUUGCUAAAGAUCCGGAAGAAAGUUGUCAUGGUACUGAGGAACAAGAUGAGAAAAUGAUACUCAAGAAGAAGCAGAGUGUCAUAUUGUCCAAAACACCAGGGGUCACGGGUCUCGGCAGCAUUAUGAAAAAACGCCUACUUGGCAGUCGACACAAUCGGAAACAGAACUACGCUACACAAAGGAUAGUCAUUCUUAGCCAACAGGACACUGCCAGUUUAAUCCACCAGCGUGCGGAUGCCUUUGUUAAUCAACGGCUCUUUGACACGGUGCUGGGCGUGGGGAAGCCAUUCAGGACCCCAAGUCGCAUGUCUCCACAGGAUGUAUCCCGAAUGGCUGCAAAGCUGAAGGCAAGGAAAUUAGCUCGUCAGGGUUUUUGA